AUGGCCGAGACAAUGGAACCGCUGCAUGAACACGAGAAUGUUGAAGAUUAUCCGCGAAAAAGGAUUAAGGCAGCGCACUUCUCCACUGGUGCCACCAACGUCACCUACCAGCAACAUAAAACAGGACGUGAGGAACGUGCUUCAGUCUUGGGGAAAUAUGAUGGUUUUCGUGGAUGUACAAUUUGGUUCACUGGCUUGUCUGGCGCAGGAAAAACCACAAUCGCUUUCGCUGUUGAGAAACUUUUGACUCAGAUAGGAAUUCCAUGCUGUGGUUUGGAUGGUGACAAUGUACGCCAUGGAUUGUGCAAAAAUCUUGGAUUUUCUAAAGAGGAACGUAGUGAGAACAUUAGAAGGGUAGCCGAAGUUUCCAAACUGUUUGCUGAUCAAGGUUUAGUCAGCCUUGCGUCCUUUAUCUCUCCAUUCCGUGUGGAUCGCGAAGAAGCCAGACGAAUUCAUGAGAAGGAUAAUCUUGAUUUCUUCGAGGUUUACGUGAGUACUUCUUUGCAGGAGUGUGAAAAACGUGAUCCGAAAAAGCUGUAUGAAAAAGCUCGUGCUGGUGAAAUAUCUGGGUUCACUGGAAUUGACAGCGCCUAUGAGCCGCCUGAGGAUGCUGAAUUGGUAAUCGAUACGGAAUCCGAAGGUCAUGGUGUUGAGCGUUGUGUCGAGACAGUCAUAGAGUUUCUACAUGACAAAGGUAUCAUUCCUGACAAGGCUAUGCGUAAAAUGGCUGGAUUUUCCAUAAGAGAACUUUUCGUUGAAACUGAAGAUGAGAAAAAGGCAUUGCUGGAAGAGGCGAAGAACAUGCCAAAAAUCGAAUUAGGAGCAGUUGAAGUGCAGUGGUUACAGGUACUCUCUGAGGGUUGGGCUACACCUCUACCAGGUUUCAUGAGAGAACGGCAGUACCUACAAGCACUCCAUUUUGGACAACUACUAGAUCUAAAGAAAGCUACAGUAUUUCCUGGAGAGAAGGAUGACGGAGCUGAAGAUCCCUGGCCUAUGGAUGAACCAGUCAAUCAAAGUAUACCGAUUGUUUUGCCUAUUACAGAUGAACAAAAGGCAAGCAUAAUUAAAGGAGAUAAAGUACAAUCGCGAGUAGCACUUACUCAAAAUGAUGUUAUACUUGCUAUUCUCUGCGACGGCGAGAUCUACGAUCAUAGAAGGGAGGAGCGAGUUGCUAGGCAGUUUGCUUUCUCGGAUCCACGACAUCCAGCCGUACAGCAGGUCCUAUCCAGUGGACCAUGGUGCUUAGGAGGCGAUUUGAAGGUGCUACAACGGAUUACCUUUGAUGACGGCCUUAAUGAUUUUCGAAAAACGCCAAGCGAAUUAAGACAGAUAUUCAAGGAGAAAGGAGCGGACGUUGUGUUUGUUUUCCAACUACGUAAUCCUAUUCACAAUGGCCACGCGCUGUUAAUGAGAGACACGAGAGAAAAACUGCUUGAGAAGUACCGUAAUCCGAUGCUUCUGUUACAUCCGCUCGGUGGCUGGACCAAAGACGACGACGUCCCACUAUCCGUGAGAAUUCGUCAGCAUGAGGCAGUCAUUGCUGAAGGUGUCCUGGAUCCUUCAUGGACUGUCCUGUCCAUAUUCCCUUCGCCAAUGCUCUAUGCAGGACCAACAGAAGUCCAGUGGCAUGCUCGAGCUAGAAUCGCUGCUGGAGUGCAUACAUAUAUCGUUGGAAGAGACCCAGCAGGCAUUCAGCAUCCAGAUACUGGCGAUUUUCUCUAUGAACCUACACAUGGUGCAAAGGUGCUUUCAAUGGCUCCAGGAUUGAGUCAGCUACACGUUUUGCCAUUUCGCGUGGCUGCGUAUGAUAAGAAGGCUGGCAAAAUGGCAUUUUUCGACGCUACUCGAAAAGAAGACUUCGAUUUUAUUAGUGGUACUCGAAUGAGAGGAUUGGCAAGAUCUGGUGGCACACCACCUGAUGGUUUCAUGGCGCCAACGGCAUGGAAAAUCCUGGCCGAUUACUAUAAAUCGAAAGCAAGCAAGUAA